GAUGACGCUGUCCCGUGCUGUAAACACGGCUGACGUUGAGCUGCGUGGCCCAGACUGCUCUAAUCAAGGACUCGCAUUAUAUUCGUGGACGGGGCUAGCGAGGCGCUAUUCACAUCCUGAACCUCAUAUGCAAUCACAAAAACAAAGACACGCGAGAAAUCUGCCGUCUGCCGUGCAAUGGCCAGGAAAACGGAGAUCCCUUCUUCAUAUUAUGGUGAGCCCCAGAAGUUUGACCCGACAUUCAGAGGACCUAUUCACAACAGGAGCUGCACAGACGUCCUAUGCUGUGUGAUCUUCAUCAUCGUCAUCCUCGGCUACAUUGCACUGGGAACCGUGGCCUGGAUACAUGGAGACCCCAGGAAGGUGGUGUAUCCCACAGACAGCCACGGACAGUUCUGUGGCCAACAGGGCACUCCCAAUGCAAACAAAGCCAUAUUAUUUUACUUCAACAUUUUACAGUGUGCCAAUCCUGCAGUUUUGAUAAACCUGCAGUGUCCCACAACUCAGCUGUGCGUCCCCAAGUGCCCAGACAGAUUUGCCACAUACCUUGACAUGCAAUACAACUACAGAUACAACAAGAGCCACUGGGAGUACUAUCGGCAGUUUUGCAAGCCAGGCUUUGACAAUCCGCGAAAGUCUGUUGCGCAAGUCUUACGAGAUGAGGACUGCCCGUCCAUGAUUGUUCCCAGCAGGCCUUUCCUACAGAGAUGCUUCCCUGACUUCAUCACCAGAAAUGGCACCUUAACCGUCGCCAACAAAACCGAUUUCAAAGACGGCUUAGGUAAAACAAGGAGCGUGACUGAUCUUAGAGACGCCGCAAACCGAGUAACAGCCAUACAGCAAGGAACAGAAAGCGGCAUCACUGCCCUGUUGGAUGCCAAGGAGGUGGGCAUCAAGAUCUUCGAGGACUACGCCAGCUCCUGGUACUGGAUUCUCAUCGGUCUGGUCAUAACCAUGGUGGUGAGCCUGCUGUUCAUCCUGCUGCUGCGCUUCACGGCUGGGGUGCUCCUGUGGGUCGUCAUCUUCGGGGUCAUCGCCGCCGUGGGUUAUGGAAUCUGGCACUGUUAUUGGGAGUUCAGCUUGCUCCAGGGGAAGCCAGAUGCUGAUGUCACCAUCUCAGACAUUGGCUUCCAGACAGACUUCAGAGUGUAUCUGCAGCUGAGCCAGACCUGGCUAAUCUUCAUGAUCUCCCUGGCUGUGAUUGAGGCAAUCGUCAUAUUAAUGCUUAUAUUCCUGAGGAGGAGAGUGCGUAUUGCGAUCGCCCUUCUGAAAGAGGGGAGCAAGGCCAUUGGAUACAUCAUGACGGCCCUUUUCUACCCUAUCAUCACCUUCUUCCUCUUGGCUGUCUGCAUUGCCUACUGGGCUGUAACAGCCGUCUUCUUGGCCUCGUCGGGAGACGCUGUGUACAAGGUCAUGUCCACACAGCCCAAGUGCCAGUAUGCUAAUCUCACCUGUGACCCAGAGACCUUCAACAAGACCAACGUGACUAAGGUGUGCCCGGGAGCCCAGUGCACGUUCGCCUUCUACGGCGGGGAGAGCGUGUACCACCGCUACAUCUUCAUCCUGCAGCUCUGCAACCUGCUGAUCUUCCUGUGGCUGGUCAACUUCACCAUCGCCCUGGGCCAGUGCACCCUGGCCGGGGCCUUCGCCUCCUACUACUGGGCCCUCAAGAAGCCAGGGGACAUCCCAGCAUGCCCGCUGUUCGCCUCCUUCGGCAGGGCUAUAAGGUAUCACACAGGCUCCCUGGCGUUUGGCGCCCUCAUCCUCUCCAUCGUCCAGUUCUUCCGCAUCAUCCUGGAAUACCUGGAUCACAAACUCAAAGGUGCUCAGAAUGCCUUUGCUCGCUUCCUGCUUUGCUGUCUCAAGUGCUGUUUCUGGUGCCUGGAGCACUUCAUUAAGUUCAUGAACAGAAACGCAUACAUCAUGAUUGCAAUAUAUGGUAAAAACUUCUGCACCUCGGCGAAGGACGCCUUCUUCCUCCUGAUGAGGAACGUGGUGAGAGUGGCGGUGUUGGAUAAGGUGACAGACUUCCUACUGUUCCUUGGGAAAUUACUCAUUUCAGGGAGUGUGGGUGUAUUGGCUUUCUUUUUCUUCACUCGCAAGAUUCCAGUCAUCCAGGAAGAAGUGCCAUCAUUGAAUUAUUAUUGGGUACCUCUGCUGACUGUGAUAUUUGGAUCCUACCUGGUGGCGCAUGGCUUCUUUAACGUCUACGCCAUGUGUGUGGAUACUCUCUUCCUCUGUUUCUUGGUCGACCUGGAGAGGAACAACGGUUCCGCGGCUAGACCGUACUACAUGAGCAGCGAGCUGAGGAGCAUCCUCAACAAGAAGAACGUCAAGAGUCGGCCUGGCAAGAAGAAAUGAUGCCGUCCAUCUGGGGAAGAAGAGUACAGAAGGCCCUGAAACCUCAACCACAGAUCUGUGGCACGGCACUGCCACACACAGGAGCUGAGCUUCACUGGGACGUGUUUUUGCAAACACAUAGACGUCGUGUACGGUGAGGAAAUGAAGGAAGAGGACACCAGAUAGGGUGGGGAGGAGUUUAGAAACUGGUGAUAUUCCAAGGGAAUUCCUCUAAAAACAAACCAGCAACGGAAUAAAAAGUAGCAUCUUCAAAAGGGAACGUACUGAAAGGGAAAACUAUUGACAUCUGUCAAGCACGCAUUUGUAAAUACAUGUGUUUUUUUAAUAUAUAUAUAUAUAAACAUCUGUGGGGUACACGUACACACCACUAAUACCGUUUUUGUAUAAAGUAUUUUUCAGUUAUAAUUUUUCAUGCAGUUCUCUUAAAGUUACAGACUGAGUUUUGCGAUUUUCUCUGGUAUUCCAACAGUGUUGCUCUAUGUGAAUUUUGAGCGUAGUCUAUUUUGUACAAUGCCGUAACUGGUCCACUAGAUGGAGCUGUAGCACAAAUAUACAAAGUAUUGAAUGCAUGACUGACUGAAGGUCUAUGUGUGUGCGUGUGCGUGUGCGUGUGCGUGCGUGUGUAAGUGUGAAAGGGUUUAUGUAUACAUAGAUUCUGAGUAGUGAGCUGAUUGUGCAUUUGUACAAUGUUAAUCAGCCCAAGCACACAAGUGCACACAAGUCUCCCAUCCAGUUUAUUUCACUUACAGUAGGUGGAGUGCUCCUUGUUCUCUCAUAUUGAGAUUAUUACCUUGGGAUAUUGCCUUUGCAAAAUCUCUUCUACUUAUCCCCCCAACCAAUUCGAUAAUUGAAGCCCUGUUAAGUAUAUCUUCGUCAUAAGAGCUGUUACGUAAAUUACUACAUUCUAUUACUUUCUGCCAUGCAGAGAUGGAGACUAGUUAAGCACUCUACCUUUCUUGUGUGCCUCUUAAUCAGUUUCUUAAUCAGUGAGUGUACUAUAGACGGAAUGAACUAGUAAUUGAGCAGGCUUUGGCCCAUUGUGAAGUUGCUUUGCACUGUUUCUUAUAAAGUAUGAAACCAUAAUUGCAUACCUUACGCCACAAAAGAUUUCAGAGUAUUUAUGAUUAUUUCGGCGUGUCAUUUUGCAGUUGAUCAGUUUUGAUGCCCGUGCAAAGCAUGGGUUGGUCCAUCCGUCCAGACAGGGGUCCCACGCGACCCGCUGACACUUCUCACUCACCUGUGUUCCCGCACAUACUGCACAUCCAGUAAGACUGUGGUGAGAGUGUUGGGGGGGGGGGGGUGUCAUGUCUUGCACCUCUUGAGCACGUGUGCCCUACACGUGGAACCGUUUUGUCCAUACCAAGAACUGUGUUUGUGUCAAAGUUUUGGGAACGGGAGGGCUGAUUUCAUUUCUUACAUUUACAUUUGAGCCAAAUAAUGUUUUUUUUUGUUUUGUUGUUGUUAUUUUUCAAAUAAAAGCUGCAUUAUAACAUG